ACCUUCRACCAGCGAAGAGUUCUAUUGUUCCGUAGUGCCACAGCUGUACUAAGGACUCACUUCCGAAGUUGCCAGAGGCCAAUYAUUGCAUGAACAGUGAAAUUGACGGUGUGCGUCGGUUGGAUUUCUCGAGGUAGUGAUGGGGCUGAUUUAGAGAACCGAGAACACCAUGGGAACCCUUUUGCCCGACUCGGUUCGGUGGCCGCCAUCGUCGUUGCCAUCGCGAUCAUCGAGGUUCCUGAAAUGGUUUGUUGCCCUCGUGGUGGUUGUCGCUCUAUGGGGGGAGCUUCGAUCGAGCUUAUCGAGUGCGACGAGCGGCACCAGCGAUUGCAAACAAGGGUUGACCACGAUUGCCGAGCCAAUGACCGCGGCAUCCCGAAACAACAACAACAACAACAACAACAACGGCAUCAUUUACAACCAAAACAACAACAACAGCAGCAACAACAACAACCCGAUGUCCUUUGACACCAAUACCUCGAUUCCUCCCGGGGGUCUUCCCGGAUAUACGGGGUGGGCCCGUCCGGAAAAGACGCUGGCGAGACACUUUUCCGUUGUGAGCGCAGAAUCCUCCCUGGUCACAGCGACAGYGGCGGGGAGCAACCAGAAGAGAUCCGAGUACACCAUCCGAGUCAAGUGCGAGGGACACCGGCACUGUUUUCCGAAGARCAAGUUCAAAUACCAUUAUAGCAAAAACGGCGAUGCCGGGCCAUCCUUGUUUUUCCUYCGGGCCUACGGACCGGCGGUGGUUUCCGGAACCGUCGUUUCCCGGUCUUGURCAAGCAAGGGCGACGGAAACGGGAGCGACGCAGACARCRCUGGUGCUGGUUGCUCCUACGACAUUCGGUUUGCCUUUUUCGAUCCCGGACUCUACACCAUCGAGGCCGUCCUGACCUUUUCCAACCCGCCACCAAUCUCGGUCUUUCCCCUGGGCAAGGGGGCAGAGACGAACGAGCAAGACACACACUACGAGGGGUAUUUGCUGCCGGGCUUUCCCUUGCUGGCUACCGUCGCUCUGGAUGGAACGGAAGAACCAUCGGCCGCYAGAAAAGACUGUGCCUUGGACGAUCUCACCGAAACAUCGCCCGCGAGUGCCCGGGAGAAAGCGAGGUGGAAGGUCACGGGAAAAGUCAACGAAAAGGGGUAUUCGAGCAGCACCAUGAACAGYCCGCUCGUAACCCAACCCGGCUACAGGAGCAACGCCAAYUCKCUGGGAAUCAACUUUGAGUACCAGCACGCGAACCACUGCCGCAUUGUUUCCGAGGCAUCGUUUCGCGACGAGCGCCCGGAAGAAAAGCUGUUUUCGAAGCCGGGAUGCGGCACCGGCAAGAAACAGAAAAUACGCAUCGUUUACAUCGGAGAUUCCGUGCUUCGCGUCCAGAGAGACACGUUGCAAGGCUUGCUGGAGGGCCCCUCCAGCGAUCGAGAGGGAUUCCAGUUCGAGUUCGACUUCCUGUCGCUCCACGAAGGGUACCGCAAAAACCAGGCCCUGGGGCCCGCCAGUGUCCAAGACUUUCUGCGRGACAUACAGAAAAAAUCAGGGGCCGACACGAAAGUAGCAGUGCUAUUCAAUACAGGCCURCACGACAUCCAUCGUCUCUGUGGAUCCGAGUUUAAGCUCCAGCGGCUCGCGUACCUAGACAACAAUGCCCUGACGACAGGUUCCUUUGCCUGCGUGGACGAAUACAGAGCCCUGCAGCGGGACUUUUUGGAAACCAUGGACGAGUUUCCCGCGACCCUGAAAGUCUUCCAGACCACGACCUCUGCGUGGCCAAAGUACGGGAACUUUGGAAUCGAGUGGAGCGAAGAUGCCCAGGACAUGCCCCUGGUUUCSGAUUUUAGUGCCGCCUUCAACGAGAUUGCCUUUGGUGUGCUGGCGGACCACGAGCUCACCGCCAAGGGCAGCGGCGGCGGCGACGGCGACCGCAUAGCCAUCAUGGACGGCUACUGGAUCACGCAUCCCCGCCCCGACAACCGAGAGAUCGGGUCUAUCGGGAAAAAAUUGUCGCACCCCGGCGAGGAAGUCCUUAGCGCCAUGGCUCGAAUAUGGGCCAUGAUCAUUCAGCAACGAGUUUGCCACAAUGCAUAGAUAGCAAACAMCGCUAGACGAGUGUGGCACUUUAUCCAUUAUCUAUACGAUUUAURCAGCAGUAGUAUAUUGUACGGAACCUUCUCCACAGAAGCCUGGCACUCGCCGCUGCACUCUUYAAGGGAAUCAAUGUUUGUUAUUCUU